AUGUUGUUGACGGAAUAUGAUAUUUCUUACGUCACCAAGAAAGCUAUCAAAGGUAGUGUCAUUGCCGAAUACCUAGCUAAAAGAGCCGUGGAGGAUUACCAACCUAUGGAGUUCGAAUUCCCAGACCAAGAUAUAGACUCCUUAACCCAAGGAGAAGAAGACCUCGAAGAAUGGAGGAUGUUGUUCGAUGGAGCAGUCAAUGUUUGGAGACAUGGGAUAGGUGCGGUGCUCAUAUCUCCCGAUGGGAAACAUUAUCCAGUGGUAGCUAAGCUCAUCUUCCCUUGUACUAACAACGUAGCCGAAUACGAGGCAUGUAUAUUGGGUUUGCGAACCGCUUUAGAUCGGGGUGUCAAGCGACUAAUAGUAAGAGGAUACUCGGCCUUGGUCAUUCACCAGCUAACCGGAGAAUGGGAAACCCACGAUUCCAAGCUGGUACCGUAUCGAGAGUAUAUUCAAAAGAUGAUAGAAGGGUUUAACAGUAUCAGUUUCUCUCACAUGCCAAGAGAAAACAAUGUAAUGUCUGAUGCACUAGCCACACUGGUAGCUUUAUUCAAGGUAGAAGAAGGGGUGAAGAUCGAAACUAUUCAGAUCAGAGUACAACCUGAACCUGCCCAUUGCACGGUGAUAGAGGAGGCCAACGGAAAACUAUGGUUUUAUGAUAUCAAAACCUACAUCCAGAAAAAUGAGCAUCCUGAAGGGGCAGCCAGUAACGAUCGGAGGACUAUCAGAAGGUUGGCCAUGGGUUUCUUCUUAGAUGGUGAAAUUUUGUACAAAAGAAAUUAUGACAUGGCCCUCUUACGGUGUGUAGAGGCACAGGAGGCCCGACAAGUCAUGCAUGAGGUUCACGAGGGGGUCUACGAUACCCAUGUCGGAGGCUACUCAUUGGCACGAAAAGUACUUAGGAGCGGGUAUUAUUGGAUGACCAUGGAGAAAGAUUGCAUUGACUACGCUCGAAAGUGUGCCAAGUUUAUGGUGAUCAGAUCCGAGUCCCAUUGGCCCCACUUCAUGUUCUCUCCGCACCUUGGCCCUUUUCAGCUUGGGGCAUGGAUGUGA